AUGGAAGAACUGAUUCAGACACUAGUGGCUCAAAUUCAUACAAAACUGAAGAGUGAAUUAAAUCUGCGAGAGGUUUUUAUUCCAAAUUCCAAAGCAGAAGCACGUUGUAGUAUCUUUGUUUCCCACAAUUAUGCUGCCUGUCCGAAACUCUGCAUCUUUAUGCAGCCAGGCAAAGGAAUGCAGCCAGGAAUGUGGAGUUGCACAAUUCAUCCGAAAACAGGAUUUCAGGGCUCGAUGAUUCCAUACUUAAAAACAGCAAUACAAGGAGGAUAUGGUGUCGUAGUUUUAAACCCAAGUACCAAUUAUUGCAUUGUCAAUGGACAUCGAGCCAAGAUUUUACACUCAUCGACACCUGAGAGUCAUGUAUCAUACGUUUGGAAAAAUUACAUUGUACCCAAUGCUGCACAGGAAAUUAGUUUUAUUGUACACGACAAUGCGGGUAUAUUGUUAAAAACAUUUCUGUCUUCCUUAAAUGGACAUGAACAGCAGCGGGUUGGUGGUAUUGCGUUUAUUGAGUCGGCACAUCAGAUCUCGUCGGGAGACUCGAAUGGAUUACGAGAGAUGCUACGUGAUAAGGCAGUGAACUUUGAGGCCUCGACAGAGCCUAUGUUUACAGUGAUUGGAUCGUCCAAGGCACGACUUGGAUGCACGUCACUGUCUGUGGGACGUACUUCAGGUGAGAUAAACAAUCGCGAGUGGACGGUGCAUUCCGUGCAAACAUCGGCUUUUGUUUUUUUGCAAUCCAUUGCGCGUGGUAUCGAAGAAUCAUUGCAUGCCAUUCGUGCUACAUUUCCUAAUAAGCUCAUUGUGACGGUAAAUCGCGCACGACUUACUGGCCAACCGUACAACAACCCGUUUGCUGUGGUGCAAUGCGCAGGGCAGAAAAAGGAUACUGUGGGCAGUCAUAAGCAUACGAUGGACCCUGAGUGGAACCAGACCUUCUCCUUCCCUGUCACGUCUAGCGAAGCAAAAGUCGUCAUUGUAGUGAAAGACAGAUCAUUUCCGAUGAAUACGUCGUUGGGGCAGGUUGCUGUAAGCAUGAGCGAGGUGGGGCUUAACCGCGCCGACCGACGAUGGUUUGCAUUGCGUGACGAAAAGGUGCCAACAACUUAUGGUAACGGCGAAGUUGAGCUGACACUCGAGUGGGUGCACGAUACCUUUGUUGCACGUUCGGACUCAUUUAUUCGCGGAAACCGCAUGCCAACGCUAGAAGCCCAGCAGAGAUCUUGCCAGGGUGCUGACGUUGACAACUGCUGUUACCUGUGCAAGACUACUUCUGUGUUGCGCCGCCGUCGAUACUGCCGCAUGUGCUUGUGUCUUGUUUGUACGUCGUGCUCGGAUCGCUUGUUCCUUCCAGGAUUUAGCGAGCCAAAACGUGUGUGUUCUGGCUGCUGUGAUCUUCAAAUGAUGUUGCACAACAAGCUUCCACGUAUGAGUCCUGGUGGUCCGGCAAGGUUGCCGUCUCAAGAAAAGCUGGACGAACACGCACAGCGAAUGGAAGCGAUGCGGAAACGUGAGGAAGCCGAAAAACGUCCUUUGUGUAUCAGCGACUUUGAUCUUCUUAAGAAAAUGGCGGCUGUAGACUCCCCCGUUAACAAAAAGAAUGGCGAAGGCCAUCAUUUUGACGACUUCACAUACCAGGAAGAAGGAGCCAUGAUGCGCAGUAUACAUAGCUAG